AUGUUUGCCGCACUUGAUAUCGAAUUAUUUGGAAAAUUAGAAUGUAGUGAACAACGUCCAUGUGCUGGACUUGAUAAACAUGCACAUUUUAAAGAUUUUGGUAUGUCUUUUUUAACAUUAUUUCGUAUUGCAACUGGUGAUAAUUGGAAUGGAAAAAUAAAAAAAUCAAAUCGAAUGAUGUCCGAUGAUACGGAAAUAGAUGAGGAAAUUGAACAACAAUUAGAAGUUGAUGCAUAUGAUAGAGAUUAUCUUGAAUAA